AUGAGUCAACACGAGCUUCAGACCCUCCGACAGCCUCUGAUGAAGGAGGAAAGAGAUGUCUUCCUAGACACAGACACGGAUACGGACACUGCUCCCCGCCAUGACUUCUCCUCUAGAUCUCUUCGACAAGUGCCCGAGCGAAUGCUCUCCACUGCCCUGUCGCAUGCCCGACCUGCCAGUCUCUACAAAGCCAGCAAACGAUUUGCCUAUUGCUUCGUCCCUCAAAUUGCGCGAUCUCGAUACUGGAAUGAUCAUGCUUCCAAGUCCAAGCAAUUCCCCACCAGCUAUCUCAAUGGCCUGCGAGGCAUCACCUCGAUCAAGGUCUUUACCUUCCACUGGAUAAUGGCAUUCAGCGACAUUGGCUUCGCGCCCUGGGGCACCAACGAUCGCCACCAUUAUGUCCUGGAGCUCCCCAUCGUCCGGUAUUUCUAUGCCGGCUUCACGGCUCAUGUCUUCUUCGGGAUUGCGGGUUAUUUGUCCUCUCUACGAUUGUUCCAGCUUCUCGACAAACGCGAUCAGACCUCGCAGGCCAAGGUCCUACUUAAUGUGUCGGGGGCUCUGUUCCGUCGAGCGUUCAGGCUCUAUCUCCCCGUCUUCAUCAUCACUCUCAUCACGGCUCACUACAUCCAUUUCGGCUUCUACGAAGGAAAUCGAGGCUACAUCACGGACCAUGGCAAACUUUUUCCCGGCGUCUGGAACGAACCCAAGCCUGAAAAGUUUGCGAGCUAUUAUCGCCAGAUGAGCUAUUGGGCCCGCGAAAUGUUCGACUUGACAAACAUCUUUACUCACGGCGCUGUCUACCCUUACCAUGAUCAGCAUUUGUGGUCUAUUCUGGCCGAGUUGAAGGGCUCCAUCUUUCUGUACCUGAUCUUGAUCGGCACCGCACAAUGCAAGAAAUACGUGCGCUUGGCAGGCCUGUGUGUGAUGACGGUCAUGUUUUUCUUAUGGAACCAUUGGGAGAUCUGGGUGUACAUUAUCGGGGCCGUCGUGGCACAAAUUGACCUCCUUCUCACCGAACGCGAGCAGGAAAAGAAACUCACGCUGGUUCCAGACCGACUACCUCCGUCGCCACCUCACUCACCGAAGCCUGACUACAAGCCGCCUCCUACCUGGUCUGAUUACGUCUCGACCCCUCCCAAGGCAGGUUUACGCGCUCUUCGAGUCCUAGGGUUUUUGCUGGCUUUCUACUUCCUGUCCUAUCCAAUUGAUGGCUCAAGAGACUACGCUCCAGGCUAUAUGACGCUCAACAAGCUCAUUCCUGCGUGGAUGGAGCGCAAGGACAAGUUCUACCCCAACAUUGGCACCGGCCUGCUGCUCUUGCUUCUCGCCCGCGGCGACCCCGACACUUCGAUCUGGCGACGCAUUCUCAACAGCAGCGUACCGCAAUACUUGGGCAAGAUCAGUUUUGCCCUCUACCUGGUCCACGGCCCCAUCAUGCACGCGGUCGGAUACAUGAUCCCCCACCGGAUAUGGUGGUCUAUGGGCGUGCAGGGCGUCGACACCACCGAUCUCGUAUGGACCGGGACCAUGCUCAUCGGCUGGAUAAUCACCCUCUCGCUGUCCCUGUGGGCGGCCGACGUCUGGACGAGGGAAGUGGAGGGCAGAUGUGUCAAGACGGUCAAGAAAUUGGAGGAAUGGAGCUUUGUCAAGGCCUGA